AUGGCUCUAUCCUCCUCACAAGAGCUGGCCCCGGAUCUCGACGAGAUGUUGCGUGCAGUGCCAUUUCCUCGGCGUUACCAAAGGGGAAAACAACACUCAAGGGCAUAUUUUGAGAACCUCGGUCGUGUUAGCGAUCUUGUGCACCAGCGGACAAUCCUAAACGCCCGAGGUAUCAUUGAUGCGCCAGGGUCUGCAAAUACCUCCCCUGAGAGUUUCAGCACAGAGCCUGUGUCUACAGUGUCUCCUACGCCUGUCGCCUCGCAGGACGACCCCUCCAUCUCCGCUACACCAAGCUUCUCAAUGCAGUCGCCAUUGCCCAGCGACAUUCCCACCACGACAACGUGGGCGACGCCCGACACACCUGCGACUAUCGCUCGUAGAAUAACGAAGGAGAAUAAGUCUAAGAAAGGAAAGAAGGCGACCUCGAGCGCGCCUGCAACCCCUUCGCUUCACUCGGUAGCCGCGGCUACUCGUGUUCGGUCUCAGCGCACCUCACUCGCACCCCCCAGCAUGCUCCGCGCAUCUGCUCAAUCGCAUUGCACGCUGUCCUCCCCGAUGUCCGAUCAUGCAUUGCUUGUGACCCAUACGCGUGAAGUCGAUGCUCGGGUUUUUGUAUCAUCAUGCAAGCAGGUAGCAGAUGCCUCGGACGUGAGCGGUACACAUGCUGAAUAUACGAUGCACGAUAUUUCCGCACGGGCAUCGCGAUACUCCGUGAGACAGCCGCGCGCGAGGAACGCCGCUGCGAGUAGCUCGUGCAGGACGGCGUCGCUGACAGUCGCGCUGGACACUCGCCAAUACUUCGAAGACAGCUUUGUCCCUGUGCAUGAUCACGCAACUCGGGAUACCCAGAGUCAGUGCGCGCCCUCCGCCAAGUUGCCUCGGUACCCUGUCACGUCGCCAACGAACGUCGGCAUGCACGAUCAAAGCUACAUCGUGCAGCCUGUUAGCGCUACCCAGGCCGGUGGCAGAUACCUCACCACUGCUUCAAGCCCUUCUUCGAGUUAUGCCUUCACCUUCCGCUCCUCAUCCGAUGUAUCGCGGAUGCCCAUGGAUUCUCCUCCAGCUCCCCUAGUCGCUCAACAGGAUGCUGGGGUGCUCAGCUUCUACACCGUUUCUUCUUCGACAUCCACCUCAGGCCCUUCUUCGAUACCUCGUACAAUUCCGUCGUCGUCGCAGUCAUAUGGCGCCGAACUCGUCAACUGGCCGCCUGCCGAGUUCACCGCCGGCGUGACAUCGCUCAAGCGCAGUCGCGACUAUGAUGCCGCGGAUGACCCCGUCGAUCGCAAGCGCGCGAGGCCCGGUGAACCUCUGAGCGAGUUCGAGAAGAAUCUGUUUAGCGAGAUGCUCGAAGAGCAGCACCGGCAAUCGAUGGACAUUUUGGCGGCAUGA